GCGCCCCCGGCCGAGCCCGCUCCGCCCCGGGGCUGGCGGCGGCUGCGCGGGGCCGGGUCCUGGAGCCCGGAGCCAGCGGGUUCUGUGCGGUGCCGUCCCGGCCAUGGAGGCGGCGCGGUGGUGGCCGCUGUGGCUGCCGGGCCUGGCGCUGCUGUGCGGCCGCGCCGUGGCGGGGCUGGAGAUCCGCACCACGGUUCCGCCGGCGCCGGCUCAGGCAUGUUCAGCAUUUUCCCAGAAGUCCUGUGAAGAAUGUCUAAAAAAUGUUUCGUGCCUUUGGUGUUACACCAACAACACGUGUAUUGAUUACCCUGUAAGAAGUAUUUUUCCACCAUCUUCAUUGUGUUCUCUCUCAAAUGCUCGAUGGGGAGUUUGCUGGAUAAACUUUGAGGCUUUAAUUAUUGCUAUGGCUGUGGUAGCUGGACUUAUUCUGGUGUCCAUAACAGUCUGUUGCUGUUACUGCUGUUACUGCAGAAGGCGUUCCAGGAGCAGACUAGAGGAAGAAGAGGAGCAGCUAGCUAGAAAGAGAGAGGAACGAAGGCUACAGUCUCUUCAGAGGAAACAUGAAAGAAAACUGAAGCAUGAUGAAAUACGUAAGAAGUAUGGUCUUCUCCAGGAUUCUGAUAACCCUUACAGCAGAUUUGAGAAUGAAUAAAGAUGAGCACCUUCCACAAGAGCUGUAACUCCAGAAUCCAGGAAGGCAGUUUGUUUUUCAUUAGCCCUUUGUGCUCUUUCACUUCUGGUUUUUUCCUGGUUGUAAAACUAGAAGCAGCUAAAGACUUUCUGAAAUAACAUGUUUCUAUCUCCUACGUGUAUGGAACUAAUUUUCCAUAAAUGUUUUUUGUUGUUGAAAUGUUAAUUGAAGUUUGUUUAUCCUUCCUCUUCUUAAAAGCUAUAUUUUAUUACUUGACUUAGAUUGUUAAUAGUCAAAAUAGUGUGAUUUUGAGUUCAGUCUUAACUGCUCCUUAAAGCAGCUGUUCUCAUGUUCCUAAAUAGAGAUUUUUUUCUACAUAUAUAUAACAAAGCAACAUGGAAGCACAGCUCCACAUAGCAGAAAUAGAUGAUGAAAAAUACAUCAUGCACAUUCUUGUGGGUGGAAGUUUUUUUUGCCUGGAAAAGCAUCUUCCAAGAGUAUAAUGUGUAGGGGUUGACAGAGAGAGUAUAUUUGUCUUUGAAUAAUUAAAUUCAGUUGUGGGAAUGUUAAUAUGUACUUCGAAUACAGUUAACAAAAUUGGAGGAAGGUUGAUUUUGAAACAAACAUCGUUAGGUGUUCCUAAAUUUAAGAAACAUCAGUCUGUGUGAGCACUUUCUUCUGCAAACUUAAUGUAUAUUGAAAAAAAUAGUAUAAAGUUGCCCAGAUUCUGCAGUUUACCAGGGCUGACCCUGGCCAGCAGCUUAAGCACUGCCCAGCUGCUUCCUUCCUCCCUUGGGGGGAUGCAGGAGAGAAUGGGAGCAGCAAAGGGUUGAGAUAAAGGCACAGUAAGUGAAGGAAAGGAGGGUAGAGGGAACAAAUUCUGCAAAGACAAUUGCCACCUGCCAGAAGCAGACCUCUGCCCAGCCUCCCCUCCAGUUUUCUUGGUGAGCCUGGAAUAGGGUCAGUUUGGGUCAGUUUUGGCCAACUGUGUCCUCUCCCAGCUUCUUACUCCCCCCUGGCCUAGUUGCUGGAGCAAGCAGAGUGGGGGAAAAACGAAACCUUGAUGCUGUGCAAGCAAUGCUCAGCAAAAGCCAAAGGACUGGUGUGUUACCAGCACUAUUCUUGCCACAAAUCCAAAGCAAAGCAGCACCUUAAGGGCUGCUGUGAAGAAAUUUACCUCAGUCCCUGCCAGAGCCAGUACAAUAAGAAGGCAGUAUUUUUUUUAACCUUUUAUUGUUCUUUUGAUAUUUUCAUAAUGUGAUUUAUUUCCUGUCUUACUUUUCGUAGAGGUGUUUCCUUGAGCACUCUCAGUAGCUUACCAAUAUGAUGUGACAAGCAAGAAGCUCUUCUGUCCCCCCAGUCUAAUUGUAUGUUCCUGUUUAUCCUGUACACUUUAAAUCACCUCCCUUGCUGUUUAUUAUGUGUUAAACAAAUGUACAGUAUUGAAGAUGUUUGUGUUAUUUUUGUCCACAUUCCUAAAAUAAACUCUUUAACAUCUUGAA